UCUUCAAAUCACAAAGUAACCAAAGCUAUUCAACAUAAUCAAAGAAAAUAUUUACAAAAGUAAUUACCGCAUUCGUUAAAUCGACAAUCAUCGAGAGCUGGUUUUAUCUCCAGAUAACAAUAUCAGUCGGCGAGGAAAUUAGUUCGAUAAACGCAUUGUUUUGGCUCGCCGCGCUUCACGUUCUCUCAGAAAUUUAAGAAGUAAAAUAAGUAAUGUUUUAAAUAUGGCUGCGAGUGUAGUUAAACGUUCAGUUUAUAUAAACGACAAAGUGUUUUUGGUGACUGGUGGCGCUGCAGGAGUUGGUGCUGCUGUUGUUAGAGCAUUACUAGCCGAAAAUGCUAGGCACGUAGCUUUUAUCGACGUGGCGGAACGCGAGGGUGCUGCCCUAGAAACCGAACUGCUAAGUAAGUUUGGCCCUUUAAGAGCCAAGUUCAUAAAAUGCGACGUCUCAGACGAAGAUCAACUUGCCACCGCAUAUUUUCAAGUCGUAGAUAAAUACAGAAGACUGGAUGGCGUUAUUAACAACGCGGCGGUGCUCAGCGACUCCCGACAUUACAAGAGGAUGAUCGAUAUUAAUUUUACGGCCACAGUGAGUAGUACGCUAAAAGCUUUAGAAAAAAUGGGAGCAGAUAAAGGAGGAAACGGUGGAGUUAUCGUUAACAUAUCUUCAUUGUUAGCUCUGGACCUUUCAAGUCAUUUACCCGUAUACUCUGCGACCAAGACAGCUGUUCUUCAAUUCAGUAUUGCAAUGGGGUCGGAAGAGUAUUUCGCGAAAACACAAGUACGAGUGGCGACAGUGUGCCUCGGUCCGACAGACACUGCGAUCCUGAACAGGACGAACUUGGAAAACUUUGAUAAAGACUCCACGGCGCACCUCACGUCGCGCGUUCCCGUAAGGCAGAGGGUCGAAGCAGCAGCUAAUGGCGUAAUAGAAGUGAUCAAAUCAGCUAAAAGCGGUGCAACGUGGAUAGUUGCGAACGACCAGCCAGCCUACGACUGUUCGGGUAACAUCGCCGAAGCCUACCAAGUGUUGUCCAAGACACAAGUUUAGAUAUUAAGAAAAUUCAUAAUACUUGAACAAUUUUAUGAAGAGAUUUUUUUUAUGAUGGAUGUCAGGUAUUUGGGAAAGGACAAUAUCAAAACGCAUAGAAAUCUUACCUACGAGUAUGUAAUGAUUUUGAUUUUUGACGAUAUUUCAAUGUUUUAGUUUGGGGAUCCUUCAUUUUCAAGUAUAGGUAUAUACUAUAAAUUUGUAGUAUUAUAAAUAUCCUAACUUCCCUCUAAGAUACACGUAUUCACGACUCCAAACAUAAAAGUAAUUUUAUAAACAUUAAAGAAGUUCCUAAUGUAAAAUGCUUACUAAUUAAGGAGUAUUAUAGUGUUUGUGAAGAAUAUUAAUUUCUGUUCUGACCAACAUGAUAUUGUAUAUUAUUUAUAUUUAAUAUAAAACACAUUAUUUAGCGUCGGGAAAGACAAAAGUAGGACACACUUCACGUUUAGAACAUGUUGAAGUGAUACUACUAUGGUUAUACUAUGGUUUAUAUAAGUAAAUGUAUUUUUUAUUUACGAACAUAAAAAAUAUUUUUUUUGUCAAAUCUAUUGCAAGCUCUGUCAUUACCCUGAUUAUGAAUGACAAAGAAACUAUUUUGUAAAAAAAUCUAAUAUUAACUCUGUAAUUAUCUUGAAUAUCAAUGACAUAAAAUAACGAAUAAAAGGUGGAAAAAGUACGCAA